GUUCUCUGAACGCUGCGGCGGCGCGGAUGAGGAGGAGGAGGAGGAGAAGUGGGUGGGCAGCUUCAGCUUCAGAUCUCUGCCGGACGCACAACUUCCAUCAACUGCUUCGUCUUGUUUUUUAGUCUUUUAACACGAGGCAGACAGUUUUCGUCUGGUUUCCCCAGGUAAGACCUGCCUUUACUCCCAUUUUCGGGAUUUCACCAGCGAGUCAACGAGCGCGUUGCUUAAUUUUCUUGUUGCGUGAUGUACAAUAAAAUGGCAUGAACGGACUAAUAAUAAUCUGAUCUGUCAUUUUGGUGAUUUGAACUUUUUGGCUGGCACAAGAGACUGGAAGACGUUCUGUAUCAGGUUAAGCCCUUAUUAAGCUGUCAUCAUGACAGAAAACUUGUGACUUUGCCCUGAAGACCGUUUCAAGUUGGACUUAAUGUGACAACCAAGCCCCAAAUCAUCACACGUACGGUGUCAUAUCUUUUUAUUUUUAUUUUUUUUUAAGUACACUUCAGCCACUGUUUUUUGGCUCUCAGUAGCCCACUUUAAAUGCAGAGUGGUCUGCGGUCAGCGAGAACAGAGCCGAGACCCCGGUGCCACCUGAUUGUUCAUUCAAGGCUAAACAGAGGACACAAGUCCAUUGUGCACCACUCGCCAUCACUAUGGAGCUGACAUACAGGAUCAUUGGCCUGCUGGGAUCCAUCUUCCUGGACUGGACUCCUCUGGCUUCUGCUGAGGAAGAGGUGCUGAUGAAUACUAAGGUAGAGACAUCGGAUCUAAGAUGGACCAUCUUCUCGGAGGACAAACCCGAGUGGGAGGAAGUGAGCGGUUUAGACGAGGAGAACAACAGCGUGAGGAUCUACCAGAUCUGUCAGACUGACAGCUCAUUCAGCCACUGGCUGCGCAGCGGCUUCAUCCAGCGAGGAGGAGCUUCCCAGGUUUACGUGGAGCUGCGUUUCACCAUGAUGGAGUGCUCCUCCGGGAACAGCCACCACCGGAGCUGCAAGGAGACCUUUAAUCUCUACUACUACCAGGCCGACUCCAACGAGGCCACGGAUUCAUACCCACCGUGGAUGGAGAACCCUUACACAAAGGUCGACACAGUGGCAGCAGACUUUCUCCUCAGGAAGGGCGGCGAACGGAAAUUCAACGUGAAAACCAUAAGGCUCGGCCCUUUAUCCAAGCGAGGCUUCUACUUGGCCUUUCAAGCUCAGGGCUCCUGCAUGGCCUUGCUCUCCGUCAGGGUUUUCUUCAAGAAGUGUCCCCCCCUCAUCAGUGCUCUUUCCUCUUUCCGCGAGACCAUUCCCCGCACUCUGGUCCAGGAGGCGCAGGGGGAGUGCGUGAAGCACGCCACGCAGCAGGGGCCGCGAGCUCAGGCUCCCAAGCUUUUCUGCGGCGAAGACGGCCAGUGGGUGGGCCUCCCGACCACCUCCUGCGCCUGCCUUCCUGGAUAUGAGGCCGCCGAGGCCUACACAACGUGUACAGCUUGUCCCGUGGGUCACUUCAAGUCCGGCACAGAGGGACAGUGCACACUCUGUCCAGGAGCAAGCCACGCCUCCAUCAGAGGGCAGUCUGUAUGUGCAUGUCGCCCUGGAUACUUCCGAGCCCAGUCCGACACCCAUGACACUCCAUGCACCAGACCUCCAUCAGCACCACGCAGCAUCGCCUCCCAAAUUAACGGCACUUCUCUACAAUUGAAGUGGAACGAGCCCCUAGACAACGGCGGCAGAGCAGACCUUAGCUACAGCGUCAGGUGCCUCGUGUGCAGGACGCCGAGAGGCACGUGCGUGUCCUGCGCCGACAGCGUCAGCUACCGCCCGGCUCAGCAUGGCCUGACGAGUCGCGGGGUUGAGGUGUGGGGCCUGCUGCCUCACACCACGUACACUUUCGCCAUCCAGGCCCUCAACGGGGUGUCCCAGCUCAGUGGCAAGGACCCCUCCAGCGAGGGUGUCAACAUCACCACCAGCUACGAUGUGCCAUCACUGGUGUCUCUGAUCCGUAAGAGUGACUCCACAGAGAGCAGCCUAACUCUUCAUUGGUCCGUCCCUGUGCAGCCACACUACACCAUUCUGCAGUAUCAACUACGUUACUGUGAGAAGGAGCGGCGCAGUGAGGGUCUGUGCCACUACACGGAGAGUAACAGAAACCAGGCCGUGCUGACGGACCUCCGCAGGGCAACUCAGUAUGAAGUGCAGGUCCGAGCGCGCACCAUGGCUGGUUAUGGCAGCUUCAGUCCUGCAGCAGUCUUCCGCACCCUGCCUGAUGGAAUUGACUCUUCUUCCCAGUUCUUGGUCCCGGGCAUCCUUAUCGCCAUCGGGAUGCUGCUUCUCGUCACUUUCAUCUUUGUGGCUGCUUACUGCAUACGCAGACACAGCCGCAUAAAGGAUCCAGAACUGAGCGACAAAAACAGCCAGUACUUAGUAGGCCAAGGGGUCAAGGUUUAUAUCGACCCCUUCACCUACGAGGACCCAAAUGAGGCAGUGCGUGAAUUUGCCAAGGAAAUCGAUGUUUCCUUUGUGAAGAUAGAAGAGGUUAUCGGAGCCGGCGAGUUUGGGGAGGUGUGCCGAGGGCGGCUGAGGGUCCCCGGGAAAAAAGAAAACUACGUAGCGAUAAAGACGCUAAAAGGCGGCUACACGGAGAAGCAGCGGCGCGACUUUCUAUCGGAGGCGUCCAUCAUGGGCCAGUUCCAGCACCCCAACAUAAUACACCUGGAGGGCAUCAUCACAGCCAGCUGUCCGGUCAUGAUCCUCACCGAGUUUAUGGAGAACGGUGCUCUGGAUUCUUUUCUGCGGCUUAAUGACAGCCAGUUCACACCCAUCCAGCUUGUGGGGAUGCUGCGUGGCAUCGCCUCAGGUAUGAAAUACCUCGCAGAGAUGAGCUACGUCCACCGAGACCUGGCUGCCCGCAACAUCCUGAUCAACAGCAACCUGGUGUGUAAGGUGUCCGACUUUGGCUUGUCACGCUUCCUGCAAGAGAACUCCUCUGACCCAACCUACACCAGCUCACUGGGAGGGAAAAUCCCAAUCCGCUGGACAGCGCCGGAGGCGAUCGCCUUCAGAAAGUUCACGUCCGCCUCGGAUGUGUGGAGCUAUGGUAUCGUGAUGUGGGAGGUUAUGUCCUUUGGAGAGAGGCCCUACUGGGACAUGAGCAACCAAGAUGUAAUCAACGCCAUCGAGCAGGACUAUCGGCUGCCCCCUCCUCCCGACUGCCCCACCCACCUGCACCAACUGAUGCUGGACUGUUGGCAGAAGGAUCGCUCGGCGCGGCCUCGCUUCGCCGAACUCGUCAGUUCCUUGGACAAAUUGAUCCGGAACCCUGCGUCGCUGAAAAUAGUCGCCCAGGAGGGAGCGGGGCCAUCCUACCCCCUGCUCGGCCAGCGGUCGCCGAUGGCCCUCUCGUCUUGUGCUUCGGUGGGGGAAUGGUUGAGGGCCAUCAAGAUGGAGCGCUACGAGGACAGCUUCUUGCAAGCCGGGCUCGCCACCGUGGAGCAGCUGGGCCAGAUCACAACACAAGACUUGCUGCACAUGGGUGUGACUCUGGCCGGGCAUCAGAGGAAGAUCCUCUCCAGCAUCCAGACCAUGAACUUCCAAAACAAGAGCACCGCACCUGUGACCUUCUAGCUUGCCUAAACCCGGAUGUCAGAAAGUGAGUCCAGUGCGCUCCAGAUCAUCUCACGUGACCCAUGCUGGACCCGAAGCGACACAUUGGCCGAAUUUAUUAUUAUUCACCUGGAAAACCAAGAAUUGGUGAGAGUUGCCUGGUGACUCAAUCACCACAGACAACACUGACACUUGCAGGAGGUCACUUGGUGGGCCACGCUUAUGUGUCAAAGGACCCCCAUUUUAAGUGCCAAGCUAAGAGAGAAGAAUAAAGAACGCCGUGAUGAAAAGCAGCUGCUUGUCAAAUGCAGCAAAGAAGUUAAAGGCCAGUGAAAAGGUCUCACACGGUUGUGUUAAUACACACAAGAACCACUCACACACGUCUGCUUCCAUCUGGAUCACAGCUUUCAUAUCAAGAUUUGAACUGAGGAAUUUUUUCUUUUUUUUUUUUUUUUUUUUUACUUCAUUUGAUUUCAACGUGACCUCUCUUUACUCAGGUGUGGCUUGUAAAGCAAGCUUUGCUGUGCUCGCUUGUCAUCAUAGCUCCUUUCAUCUUCCGCCGUCUGGUCCUAGCGUUAGCGUGCAGGAGAAAAAUGCUCAGAGACACAUCAGCACUUGUCGCAUCAGAGGGAUUCUAAUAUCCGCUCAAGCUGUGUUUUUUUUCCAGGCGUGGGACUUUUCUGCAGCAUGAUUUUAUGUAAACUUGAAUAUGUACCAAACAUGACCUGAAAGUUUUCUGGCCCUAAAAUGUCAGUGCUGAUGCGACAUUUAAUACCCUCCAGUGUCAUUUUUUUUUUUUUUUUUUGGUUGUGUAUGUUGUUGUUUCUUUUGCGUGUGUGUGAAAAAAAAAUGUUUCUCUACAUGUUGCCUCAUUUAAAUGUACAGUACAUUUUUAUUAUUUUUGGGAAGUAUUGUACAUUGCUUCUGUUUUUGCCUCAAGCCUGACAAAAAGUCUUCUUAAAGACUAAGAUUACAAAUAAUGCACCCAGUGUGCCGAAUCCCCUGGUUUCAGAAAGGAAUGCUCAGAACUCCACAGAGCUGCUGUUUGACUAGCACCACCACCCCUCCUUGUCUUACUGACUACAAGCGCCUGGGAAAACAAGAUUGUAAUUGAGUUUUUUUUUUUUUUUGCUCCCAAGAUGUUGCAUCUUUUUAAAGGGUAAGACCAGUCUUGGUGGCAUUUAUGGCAAUUAGUUUGCAUAACGUCUCCCAAGAGGCUGACAGCUCUGCAGUGCACGGAGGGGAAUUGCAUCCUGCCAAACAGCCAUGUCGGAUACGAAAAUGUGCCUCGCUUCUUUCGAAAUGGUUCAUUCUCCGACCCAUAAAACACAAAAUCCUUUUUAGUUGCCAUUUUUGGAUUUUAAUUUGCACCACCAAAGAUACUAUAAGUGACGUAGUGCAGAAUGCAAAACCCUCCUCUGCUAUACCUGAUGGGGCAGGUUGUAGAUCAUGGAAGCUUAAAUAAGGCUUUUUUUUAUCAUCUGGGAUCAUUUUCUGCGGCUUUAAGAAGAUUGAGGUACAAUUAACCCUCCCUGAUUAACAAGGAGCCGCCGAAAUGAGGUGCAGGAAGUGUGUGGCCAUUUUAUGGCCGCACUUUUAUAAUCAAUACAGAGUGGACUCAAGACUCCAAUCAGUGUAAAUCAAAGUGGUGCUUAGUGUGCUAUCUUUUCUAAUCCUCAUCUAAAUCAUGACAAGCCUUCCUACAAAGUACCGGGGAUACGAUGCAAGUAUGUCAGAAGUUCCUUUUGAGGGAUUGUGGAAAUGUGGUCUUCAUAUUGAAGAUCUCAAUAUUCUCCACUUUGUAAUAAUAGAUAAAAAGAUGUGUUUGAUUACCGUCGUGUGUAGGCUAAUUUGUAUUCAGGAUUCCUAAAUAAAGAUCUCCAUAAAUAUU